GGUCAGCUCGUGCUCCUCGUCCCUCCUCCCCCCGGUUUCCGCUUCCGGUUCUGACGGACGCUUCGGCCGUAAAGAUGAUCGGGGACGUCCUGCUGUUCGGGACGCUGCUGAUGAAUGCCGGGGCGGUGCUCAACUUUAAGCUGAAAAAGAAGGACACCCAGGGUUUUGGGGAGGAAUCAAAGGAGCCCAGCACAGGUGACAACAUCCGAGAGUUCCUCCUCAGCCUCAGGCACUUCCGGGUCUUCAUUGCCCUGUGGAAUGUCUUCAUGAUGCUCUGCAUGAUCGUGCUGUUCGGCUCUUGAGCCCCAGGUACGGAAGCAGGAACCCACCUCCCAGACACCGAGCCUUCCUCCCUCCACUCCUGAUGACGUCAAGGAUGGCUUUGACCUGAAAACCAGUGACCUUCCCAGAAAGCCCAAGCUCGUGGUGGGUGGAAAAAGUGUUUGCCAAGACGCGCACAGUUUCCCAGCUACGACACUUGUCUUGACAAAGAUACUUUGGUUUUGGUUUCUGCAUUGGAACGCUGUCUGCCUAAGGAGUUUCAGGGGGGUUUAUGUAAGGGACUGUGUGGUAGUGUUGCCUUCCCCACUGGUAAGAGAACACGUCUAGAUUGUUUGAUCCGGUUGUACUCUUCUACCAGGCUUUACCCUAGAAACCCGAUUCUGGAUAUUUGUUGGUUAAUUUUUAAAUCACCACCCUUUUUGUUUCUAAUUACGCAGAUUUUUAAAAGCCAUUUUCAUCCAGAGAUCUGAAACCAAAAGGUUGGCUUUUUAAAGUCUGAUGCAGCCUCUGUAUUAGACUGUGUUUAUGAAUAGCAAGCAAGUUCACCAUUGCUGGGUCUGACAGCAGGGUUGGGUUUGUGUCUAGAUUCCUUCCCUGUCCUGACGGGCUCUGCUCAGCUGAUCAGGGCAGCCGAGGUUGUUCCCAGGUCUUUAAGGGUGAAGUAUGGUGGAUUCCCACGGAAGGGAGGUGCUGCACAGUUGGCAGGGAUGGUUGGGAGGGGGACCAUGUUGUGAGAAUUUUCGACUUGCCUUGAAGCAUUCUGUUAAAGUAACUUUGGGGGCCAUUAAUCGUACAAUUUUCAGAAUGAGUGAUUUAUGUGGUGAUAUCAGGACCCAGUCCCAAAACUUUGGGUUUUUGUUUUUGAGUCCGCUUUUCAAGUGGGCAAUUUCAAGGUUGCAGAACAGUGGGCCUCAUUCGAGGAAAUACAGCGUUUUGCACAGAAGCUUCUUUGAAAGUGAGUCCUGUUUUAAUUGCCAAAAUGAAUGGUGUCCAGAUCCCCCAAGUGUUUGAUUUGUUUGUUGUGGUUUGUGAAAUCCUGACUUGCAGGUGAACCUGGUGGGAGGGAAAGGAAAUGCAUAGACUUUUAGAACUAAAUGGCGCUGAAAAUAAAGCCCGUUUCUGAAAA